ACAUUUCUUCAGACCAGCAUGACUUGACCGACAGAUUAUUGUGAGCGGUGUUUCUGAGCGCUGUUCCUGCUGUGACCUGGAUGUAGCGGCGCUCUACCUCCACUCGUCUGAUCCUCUUAUCAGCGACAAGGCGGCCGAGAUGGAUGUUGUCAACCAGCUGGUCGCCACUGGGCAGUUCACAAUCAUCAAACAGCCAUUAGGAUUUAUUAAAGUCUUACAAUGGUUCUUUGCCAUCUUCGCAUUCUCCACCUGUGGUGGUUACUCUGGAGUGUUUCGCAUGAGCGUGGAGUGUAAGAAUCGCUCAGAGAGUGACCUGAACAUUGAGGUUGAGUUUGCCUACCCGUUCAGACUGCACCAGGUAUGGUUUGAUGCUCCUACAUGUAAAGGGCCGGAGCCUGAACGUCUGUUUCUGGUGGGAGACAACUCUUCCUCUGCUGAGUUCUUUGUCACCAUUGGUGUCUUUUCCUUCCUUUAUUCAAUGGCAGCCAUUUCUGUGUACAUCUUCCUUCUGGAGAAAUACCGCGAGGGAAACAAAGGAGCUCGGGCUGAUUUUGUGGUGACAGCUAUUUUCACCUUCAUGUGGUUGGUGAGUUCAGCAGCGUGGGCCAAAGGUCUCUCGGAUGUGAAGAGGUCCACUGACCCUGACGAUGUCAUCAACCUCAUCCCUGCGUGUGACCGUGAGGAAAACAGCUGCAAAGAAAUCCAUGAGCCCGUGAUGUCCGGCCUAAACACUUCUGUGGCGUUUGGCUUCUGUAAUGUGGUGCUGUGGGCAGGGAACCUGUGGUUCGUCUUCAAGGAGACCGGUUGGCUUGCAGCCUUUGCUGGCACUUACAUGCCCUCAGGAGAGAAGCAGCCAGCACCAGACUCCUUCGCCCAGGGCUAUGGACAAGAAGGUUAUGGCCAGGACCCUUACGCCGGCUCACAGGGCGGGUACCAGCCCGACUACGGCCAGCAGGGCGGUGGAUAUGAAGGCGGAGGCUACAACCAGUAUGGUCAGGGGGAGCCCACCUCCUUCUCCAAUGAGAUGUGAGCUCAAGCUCUGCACUGAUCACAGCAAGACGACGGUCAUGUGAUCAGCCAGCAUGGAAACUACUAGCUCUGUUUCCUCUCUCUCUCUUUAGUCUUUCUAUAUGAGCAGUGGGUUUAAAGGGAAGGGGUGGGUGAGGGCUAAAGCACACUUAGGAAAUCUUAGCAGGGUUGUUACUAAAUCAUAGCCAAGAGGAAACGAUUGGGACCCAGGAAGAAGUAAGACCCUCAUUUCACAUCAAAUCCAGCGGGAGAUUAUCCAUCCUAUUAUGAUGAGGAAAAACUUGAAUAUGCUACCAAAAAAAUGAAUGAAACCUAUGAUAUAUAUAUAUAUAUAUGUUACAUACGGGGAGCCGUUUGAAUGAAUUAUAUGAAUUAUAGUAACAUUAUACUGAAUGUGUUUGUCUGUGUGGUGUAAAUAUGAAUUAUAUUUAAAUAGAUAUACUGUAUUGUGAAUUUAACUGUUGCUUUUUUGUGGUUUCACUUGUAGUUUCCACAUUUGUUUUCUUUUUAUUUAUUGUAGUGGUGUUUUUCCCUGUAUUACCACUACACCAACUUCACGAUUCAACCCACAGUACUGACCUUAAACCUCCUACCGAGUGUGUGUUUUUCUUUUUUAUUUGUGUGAAACUUUCUUUUAAGGUUCAUGAGAACACAAAUAGGUUAAUAGUAAUGUGUCAAUCACUACUAAAAGUGUUAACUAAAGUCAGUAGUCUUAGAUAGAACUGGUAGGGAGAGAUCCUGAGUAACACUAGAAAACUAAAAAACAGGAAGUACAGGUGUACAUGCACAUGAUUUAUUUCCUUUUAUGUUUUGGGUAAAUGUCUAAACCUUUAUAAUCCAAAGCACAUAUGUAUUAUUGAUGCUGUAAAACGGCUUGUAGGACAAUAUAGUGAACUUCAUCAUGGGUGCUUCAGUACUUGAUGUUUGGUUUUUCCAGUGCUGUGAAACUCCACUGAUGCUCUUAUUCAGACAUGAGUGUGAAUGACCAAUUAUAUUCUUCCUGAAAAUUAAUUUCCGUGCAUUUUGGCUUUUUGUUCAGACUGAAAUGGGUGUUUUAAUGCCGUCUCUGUCUCUCUGCCUGUACAUGAAGGUCCAUGUAGCUUUCUUUCUCUCCCUCAUUAUAUGAUCUGAUAAUGCAAAAUAAAACCAUGUUAGAGAACGACGAGUGACGACA